ACUCACACUCAAUUCAUGGGAGCUGAUACGGUGCUCCGCUGGCCAACCCAUCGGAGAACCCUGUUCCGCUGCCUUAUCCACCGGGGACUGCACAUGUUUCCCCUUUUUAUUCGUUGCUCCAGUGGGCUCGGCACUAGUCUGCUAUAUUGUGCUUUACACUACCGGCGUUUGGGAUCGAUCUCCCAAUCUUGAACCUCUGUGGGAGUACAGUACCGUGCGAGCACUCUAUUCACCCAUGAACUGCGGAAUUGUGAUGCAUGUACUCGUACUUGUAUCAUACGAGGGUCAUACUGUACAAGCAUCGCCACCGAUCAGAGAGAGUAUGGCAUGCAAGGAAAUAUAUUGCCUUCGCCUUUGAAGGACCCAAAGCUCUUUUCCUAAACCCAAUGCACAAUGCUGUAGUGGCAGGGUUACCGCUGCUAUGGUGACAGAGGAAUUGGGUUUGCAGGUAACCCCUGCUUAGUCUGCAUAAUCUGAGUCGGAGGCCUUUUGCUAAGAGCGCAUUGGGAGGGUAUAUAUCAUGAUGUCGGGCUCCCACAGGCCUCAGGAGCGACGGCUGAUCCUUGCCGAUCUCACCUUUGGGCUCUGCUGGGGUCGUUCAUCAUCUCACUUUUACGGUAUUGAAUAUUGGUGCUUCGGAGGGCCCUGACCUUUUUCGCUGCCUGGGAUGAAUUAGUGCCUAUAAAGUCGUUGCGACCGUCAGGCGCAGGAUUUGUUACAAAAAUUUGGGCUAUACAUCUUUGAGCCACCCUCUAACAUCUGGAAUUCCUCUGGAUUCCACCGCUUUUCCAGUUGGGCAGACCGGCUCCAGGCCAGUUCUUGUCAUGUUGGGGUGCAUACUCUAGCAAUCCACAUUCAGAACAUUAUUGACACACCCCAAGACUCAUGACAACUGCCAACCAGAUUCUAGCGGGAAAGGCCGUUCAUAGCCAUGGAGAUUGGAAUAUUGUCAACAACCCGACACCCCGCUGGAUUUGAUAGGCCACACAAUUGUACGCUACUAAACAUUCACACCUUCGUAUCAACCUUUAUUCUCAUCCGGUUCAUUCAAAAUUUAUAAACUAAAACUGGGCAAACACUACUCGUGGGGGCCGAAAGCCAUAGCUAAAAAGCUGUCACAAUGCUUAGUGAAAAUUACCGCUAAUCCCCCCGGAAUAAUACUCACCAAUCCAUAGAAUUGGGCUAGGACAAUCGAGUGACUAUCAACCGCAAAUUACUACCAGUUAGUACGAUUUUCGUUACUUUCAAAACGUUCAAGAAUCUCCACACGCGGCUUCCCAUGUCACCACUUUUCCGAUCUGGGGGGAGGGUGUGUAUGAGUACCGGUAGGAUAUCGGGGAUAAUAUCCUCGCUUAUAAAUUUAAGGGGGAGCUUCUGCGAGGGAUUUUUGCUGGUCAUAAGGUUCAGUACUCCAAACAAACCGGUUCUUGCUUUCAGCAUAACUGCUAGAGGGACAGCUUGUCAGAACUAACUACGCCUGGGGGGUGCUAUAGAAGCCACCGCCUACUGUUGGUGGCACGUACGGGCUUUCCGAUUGAACCAGUAUUUUGGAAAGUAAGGGCACUCAGUUUUUGGUUCUCACAUUGCUCGAGUCCGGGGCCAGAAUCAAACUAAUGCUAAUUCUUCGACUAGGGGUCCUGAUUGCUGAUGCCGGAAUCGGUAUUCCUGAUGUUGUCAGCUGCCGUUAGAAAUUGCACUUCUCCAUUCUCCAUCCAUGGCUGGCCCGAUAUUUUGAUUGGCGACUUCCACCCUUUUACCGUCCUGGUCCCUCAUUGGAAUUUUGCGCUCAAACCUUCAAUACUGGCACCUUCACUCGGCUCGGAGAUAGCCUCUUGCGUUUGCGAGCUCCGGUCGGUGAACUCCCUUUCACCUACUGUAGCAAUUAAGUAACCAUAGCCAUGAAGAAUCCCUUCUCAUAAUAUCUUCUUACCAUCCUCCACAUUGGAAUUGCCACCUUUAGCAGUUCCCGCCACCCCUCUAUCACCCUCGCAAACUCUCUUCCACUUAGCGGCCCUCGCCUCUCCCUUGGCGGCUUUCUCAACGUUUUCUCUGGUCGCAAUUCCGAAACCCUUUGGACUCCUUCUCGGUUCCCCCUGGUUUCCCUCCUGCCAACGCCUGUUUCCUUUUCUUUGAAGCUCUCUCUUACUUCUCAACGAUCCAUUCCAAAGUCAUUGGGGUGUGUGUAUCGACUUCCUCAUAGAAGUAAGAGGGGUUCCUUCUCGAGUUGGAUACGUCGCUUGUGCUCGGUUCGUGGCGUCCCCGGCGUUCUCCGAGGCGGGUGCGAGGGGUCUCCAGAACUAGGAAUGAGGGGGUCAGAUUCACUCCCGGAUGCAGUGUUAUUGGAUGAGUGUGGUUGUACUUUCUCCCUGGAUCCUCCUCCUCCAUUCGGUGUUUCCUUAGCGGAAGAAUUGUAGAAUACAGUAAGAGAUGGGAUAAGAGGUAUGUUUGGAUGAAGGAGGGAGGGAAGGGAGGGCCCCGUUGCAAUCUGGAUGUAUAGGAGUGGAAAAAUGUCAGAGGGGACGCGUGCGCAGCUGGCGCAGGAAGUGGGCGUUUGAGGACCUUGUAUACGUAGGCGAUUUGAAGUUGUGAAUGAUUUGUGGUGCCUAG